GCAAAGUUGAUCAAAUUUAAUGCCGAUCGAUUCAAUCUACUGUUUCGUUUUAAACUUAUUGAUCUUUUUGUUGGUUAACGUAUGAAAGAGCUUGAAGGAACGAUAAAUCGUGAGCUAGGAAUUUUAAGCAUUGCUGAUCGAAUUAAUCGGCGAUUAAGAAUUAAUCGAAAUUUAGGCGAGGUCGCCCUGAAACGUCGUCAACCUCCUUGUUGGUCUACUGGUCUGCUCUCUUUCGAUCGCUCGAGGAGCUCGUGGUCACGUGUCUCUCGCUGCGAUAGCUCGCGCGUCGAUCUAUCGAAUUCGCUCAUCUGCCGCGCGUCCACGACGUCAUCUCUCGAGUGACUCGAGUCUCGCGUGCGCCGACCCUCUCGGUCAUUCUGUACCAGAGUGCGCGUUGACUCGCGUGUUGUGUUGUUCCUCCCCUCUCCUUCCCUCCUCAAUAGUGGAGUCCCGAAUUUCUACGACGUGUUUUCGUUUCGCGAUUGUGGGAUCAGGGUGGACGUCGAGUGUUCGCGCGAGUGACGUGAAAGGAAGGAAAAGGUAUAUUAAUUCGCCGUUCGUUCCGUUCGUUCGAUUCGCGAUGAUCGGACAACCGCCGUGGUGACCGUGGGAAAACUCGAAAAUGUUCCCACGCUGCCGCUACGUUGCGAGUGUGUGUCGCGCGUGCGUGUGAAAUUCCACAGGGAGGAAACGGCGGAGAGGGCGGGUAGACGCGCGGGAAGGACGGCGGAGAGAGAGAGAAAGAGAGACAGGAUGAGCGCUCAGGGGCAGGAGCACGGACACGCGGUGGUCGUGUGGGAGUGGGAGAAUCGUCACGGACGGUGGAGACCUUACAGUCCGGCCGUGUCGCAGCAUCUCGAACGGGCCCAUUAUAAGAAGCUCACACGGGUCUUCCUCAAUGACGCGGAUCCCACUCUCGACAGGUAUUACAUCAACUUGAAGACAAAAACACAAUGCAGCGACGAUGGCGAUGAGACGCACAAUGUAAGGAGAAAGUUUUAUCUGCCAGGUUCGCCGGCUGGCAAAGGUGCCAAGUGGGAAUGGGCAGGUGAUUCGGAUGAUUGGCAUACUUACGACAUGGAAGUGCAAUGCCUUAUAGAGGAAGCAUGGGCAAGAGGUGACAAAACCAUCGACAUUUCAAAGACCUACUUGGGAUUUCCCUAUAUCAUCAAUUUUUGCAAUCUGACGCAAGUGAGAUGCUGCACGGGCUACGUGAGGCCGAUCAGACGUAUACAACAAGCGCCCUAUCCGUUGGUUAAAGUUGCACUGGAAGAAUUACAAGUCACUUCCGGGAGGAGAUCCGCGUCAGUUACGGUCAAGAGUUCCACUGUCAAGGUUGCCCAUAAGAAGUCGUCUAACGGAAGUACAAAGAAAAACAAUAAGAAAAGUAAAAACGGGGAGACGAACGGACCGACGAACAUCGCACGCGUCAUUCUUAGUAACUUCAACAUAUUCAGCAGCAAACAUGGCAUUGAGAACAAUCCCGCGGCAACCAAUGUGGAGUCCGGUCAGAAGAGGAAGACUUGGGACACGGUGCUCGAUGUCGAUUCCAGCAGUACUAAGAGCGGUCGCAGGCCAAGCGUGGACACUGUGUCCACGUAUUUGAGUCACGAGAAUCCAGUAGAUUUAUUGGACAGUAGCAUGGGAAGCGACGACGCGGGAUUCAAAGAUUCCAUUCUUGGAAUGGACGCCACGUCCGACGUGAUAUCCCAAUAUGUGAAGGUGGUGGAGAGCGACGGCUCCGAUUCGUGUCCAGUAUGCUUGGGUGCUCCUGAACCAUUGACGGUUGAACUAACGCGUUGCAGGCACAGACUGCACUUGGCAUGCUUGAAUGCAAUGCUCAGCUGCCAGCAGCCGCCGAUGUACAUACAGUGCCCAGUUUGUCGUAUGAUCUACGGCGAGAAGAGGGGCAAUCAACCGCCGGGCAUGAUGAACUGGACGCGGAUACCGCGGUCAUUACCGGGCUUCCCGAACACCAAUACCAUACAAAUCACUUAUGACAUUCCAUCCGGAAUUCAGGGUAACGAACAUCCGAAUCCAGGUCAGGCGUUUUACGCUGUAGGCUUCCCCCGGGUGUGCUACCUGCCGGACAACAAUCUCGGUCGCCGUGUAUUGAGAUUACUGCAGAUUGCGUUCGAGCGUAGGCUGAUCUUCACGAUUGGUCGGUCGGUCACCACCGGUCGCGAGGAUGUCGUCACGUGGAACGAGAUUCACCACAAGACCGAGCUCGGACCGUCUGCGUCCGGCCACGGUUAUCCCGACCAUAGUUACCUCGAAAGAACACUCGCGGAACUGGCGGCGCAAGGUGUGACUGAUGGACAAUCGUCGCCGAUAUAUCAACAAUUGCAUUAAUUGCACUAACAUACAAAUAAAGUGCUCAUUUGCAAAAAUGAGUUAAUCCAAUAUAAUUUUGAGAGAAAAGAGCCUUAGCUGCUUUUGAAAUAUUUGUAAAGGGCUAGGUAUCUUUUUCGUCAUCGAGCGCAAUAAUUACAAUGAAAACAAAGCGCGUAAACUGUAAUGUAAAUAAAAUGUUAAAUAUUAUUUGUUAUGUAUUGAUACUUUUAACUUUAUAUUUGCAAUCUUUAUAUCCUAAGAUUUUUAUAAAAUUUUAAAAAGAGAUAUUUCAGAUUUUUCUUUAAAAAAUUAAAAAUCUGUUUUAAUUAUAAUUUUAUAUGUACAUAUAUGCCGUCUUAGAUACACAUACGUUAUAUAAUAAAGUUGUACAACAGUCUAUAAAAAA